AUGAGCCUCACCCCUCCGCUCUACUGCGCGUUGUGCUCUGCACGAUGUCUCGUCCCCCGCAUCGAACUACCGCUCCCAGCACCUAGACCUGGGGGCCUAAGUCUAAACACCGACACUGUAGGCUCUCAACCGCCCUCCCCUGGGAUGAAGCACGAUCCCUCGACAUGGGAGAAAAGGUGGUUCGUUCUACAAGUCUCCAACGGUUUGAUCCAACCUCCGCUAGCUUCUCAGAUCCAUAGCGAGCCCACCUCCCCUCUCGGUUCCGGACCGUCAACGGAUUCUACUGUCUCCAGAAUGAACCAACGCUGUGUUCCCAUCCACGCUUACUGCCUGACAUGCGUUCUGGGAACUGUCCGACGAUCCAUGUACAAUAAUGGCUUCUCGCACGAAGAGAACAUGAUCCUCGCUUGGAGUAUACCCAAGUGGACCGGACAUGGAGAUUGGACGUAUCCAUCAGAUUUGGAGCCUUCAAGAAGCCCAACAGGGUCGUUCUCCAGGUUGAGGUCCGCCUACUGGAGCGGGACGGAGUCUCAGAGACGCAGAUGGGAUCCAGAGAUUGAGGGGUCUCACUUGCUCCCGGAGGACAUGGUAUCUCCAGAAGAGGUGGGUACACCGAAAUCGAUACUACCCGACCGAAAUGCCUCUCGGCUUCCCCAAGCAUCCCUUCUUCUCGCUAUACCAGAACACAUCCUCCGAAAUAUCGCCCUAGAGCUCGUGAAUGUUCCGCACGAUGAGAACGAGACCAUCAAACGAAACACAGCCUCACGUCUCCUUCCCAUGAAUGACAUCACGGAUCUCUUGUCCUUCACUCGAACAUGUGCGGAUUGUCGGUACCUCACGCUUCCUGCUUGGCUGUGGAUCAGAAUCCUGUCCGACGCCGUAGCGCGGUUCAAAUUGAGUCUACUCAGUCGAUGGCGUGCCAAUCCAACAGGAGUAGGGAGUACGAUGCAGCUUGCCAUCUCGCUAGACGAGGCUUUCACCGCUCCGGUCGAGGAAGCAGUCUCUCAUUUGGCAUGGGAUCUAGACGACGUCGCCGGCUGGGACGACGACAAACACCGUCGAACCCCAAUCACGGCCAGAGAUCUCUUCUUCUGGUGGUCUUAUAGUGAUAGCUGGAAAUCUCGACGGCGCAUAUGGUAUACCGUCGUUCACGCCUGUGCCACGGCUAGGGAUGCGGAUUGGUGGUGA